AUGAUCACCAAAAUUCGACAAAAUUUUCAUAAAAAGAAGAAUACUGAUAUUGUGUAUUUUGAUUUUGCAAAAGCUUUUGACCGUGUCGAUCACAAUUUGAUUAUUGAGAAAUUGAGAGAAUUUGGUUUAGAUGAAUAUUUAUGUAGAUGGUACGAAAAUUUUCUUGAAGGCAGAAAGUUCUUUGUCAAGGUUGGUAAUUGUAUGUCCAGUGAAUCCGCCUCAGUACCAUCCGGGGUUAUUCAGGGUAGUGUCUCUGGGCCAAUACUUUUCAUCAUAUUUAUCAAUACUGUAUUUGAACUCGCAGAUGAUGAUGUAACUAUCCAAGCUUUUGCCGAUGAUCUCAAAAUAAUAGGUUCAGAUCCCUUGCGAGUUCAAAGUGUAAUUGAUAAGAUAUGUGCAUGGGCUAAGGAUAAUUCCAUGGAAUUAGCACCGGAAAAAUCUUCUGUCAUGUACUUCGGUAGGAAAAAUAAGAGAGCAAAUUACGUGGCUAACAACAUCAUAAUACCGCACAAAGAACAUGUUCGGGAUCUCGGGGUAAUAAUUGACAAUAACCUAACGUUUGAGAAAAAUACUACCAGUAUUGUUAAUAUCGCCAAUCUUAGAUCAAAUCAAAUUCUCCGUAACUUCCAUUUUAGCACAAUAAAACCCUACGCAUUUCUCUUCAAAAUGUAUGUCCUCCCCAUUCUAGAAUAUUGUAGCGAAGUUUACGACCCAUUCCUAACUAAAAAUCUAUCAAAUAACCUAGAAAAUCCAUUACGUCAAUUCACCCGUAAAGUCUUCAAUCGUUGUAAUAUGCCAUUUGAAUCUUAUGAGGAUCGCCUCAAACAGAUCAACAUGGUGUCGACCCAUACUCGUAGAUCCAGAGCCAAUAUUAUUCAUCUUUUCAAAGCCCUUAAUGGAUUUUCUCACCAGCCAGAAACAUUUGACUUCAUCAGCUUCUCAACACUUCCACGUCACCCAGCCCGCCUAGUUUUAACUCAAAAAUGCCACAAGUCUUUUUUCUCACAUACAGUUCCCAAGUGGAACUCUUUAUCGCACCUCAUUGAAAUGAAUUCUUCAGUGCAAUCGUUCAGAAUAUUGAUUAAUGGUUUGAACGCAUCGCUUUUAUCAUGA